CAGAGUCGAGCAGGCGGCGGCGGGAGCGGCGGCGUCUCCUCGCCCUCCCUCCUUCCCUUCCCUUCCCUCCUGGGCCUGGCCGCUCAGCCCGACAGGUGAGCCAGAGCCAGGUAUGGCGCUGACAGUCGAUGUGGUGGGGCCGGGGCCCUGGGGCUUCCGCAUCUCUGGGGGCAGGGAUUUCCACACACGCAUCGUGGUGACCAAGGUAACCGAACGGGGCAAGGCCGAGGCUGCUGACCUCCGUCCUGGCGACAUCAUCGUGGCCAUCAACGGGGAGAGUGCAGAGGGCAUGCUUCACGCCGAGGCCCAGAGCAAGAUCCGCCAGAGCCCCUCGCCCCUGCGGCUGCAGUUGGACCGGUCUUGGGCUGCCUCUCCCGGGCAGACCAAUGGGGACAGCUCCGUGGAAGCGCUGGCGACUCACUUCCAGGGCUCCGUGAGGACGCACAUUGACAGCCAGUCCUCCCUGAGGUCUUCCUGCUCCAGCCCCACCUCCCUCAGCCCCCGGCCAGACAGCCCCUUCUCCACGCCACCACCCCCCAGCCCUCACGGCCUCUCUGGAGAGGCAGUGAUCAACCGCAAUUUCCAGAGCCUGGCACAUUCUCCAGGACUCGCUGCUGCUGACCGCUUGUCCUACGGGGGCCGCCCUGGAAGCCGACAGGCCAGCCUCGGCCGCGCUGGCGACUCGGCUGUGCUAGUGCUGCCGCCUUCCCUGGGACCCCGUUCCUCCAGCCCCAGGCUCAGUGUGGACUCAGAAGGGGGAAGCCACCUCCCGAGAGAGGACUCAGAAGUCUUCAAGAUGCUGCAGGAAAAUCGCGAGGGGCGGGUGGCCCCCCGGCAGUCCAGCUCCUUUCGGCUCUUGCAGGAAGCCCUGGAGGCCGAGGAGAGAGGUGGCCCACCUGCCUUCCUGCCCAGCUCGCUGAGCCCCCAGUCCUCCCUGCCCACCUCCAGGGCCCUGGCCACCCCGCCCAAGCUCCACACAUGUGAGAAGUGUGGCACCAGCAUUGCGAACCAGGUUGUACGCAUCCAGGAGGGACGGUACCGCCACUCGGGCUGCUACACCUGCGCAGACUGCGGGCUGAACCUGAAGAUGCGCGGGCACUUUUGGGUGGGGGACGAGCUGUACUGCGAGAAGCACGCCCGCCAGCGCUACUCCGCACCCCCCACCCUCAACUCCCAGGCUUGAGUGCCCUCAAUUCUGUGGGUACCUCCAAGCCAGGGCCACUCCAAUAACAAGUUGGCAUGGGAGGGUGAUGGUGGGUGGUGGGGUCCCCUUCCUCCUUGCUGGGUGAGGCCAGAGGCUGGGACCUGUCUUGGACUGUGGGUGAGGGCAGUCCCCGUUCCCAGGCCUCUGCUAGGUACACUUGCUUGCC